CUCUAGCCUUGAUAUGAUUCAGAAGUGGGACAGAGGCAAAUUAUGUCACAGGUGAAGCACUGGCUACAGCCAUCAUUUAAAUAUGAUUAGCAUUUUUUGAGCGUGCGUGGGCGAAGAAUAGCCUGGUUUAUAAUAAUGGAGGGAACGAGAAAUCCGCUAAGCUUUACGUUACAGCCGAACGAAUAGUGGUGGUCACACCAUAAGCUCUAUAAGAAUCACGUUGGACCGACUCGGAAAGGCCACUCUUUAAGGAGGAAUAGAGCGAAGAGCCGUGAGAUGGGAGGUCAGCUGUCUGUGGACAAUGUGCAUGUCGUCAUUGUUGGCGGAGGCUUUGGCGGCAUCGCGGCUGGGCAGCAGCUCAAAUCUCACCGCAUCCCGUUCACCCUGGUCGAUCUCCGGGACGCGUUUCAUCACAACGUGGCGGCGUUACGGGCUUCCGUCCAAAGCGGUUUUGCCCAGCAGACGUUCAUACCCUUCCAGGAGACAUUUGGGGCGAGUUUCCGCCAGGGCCGCGUAGUGCAAGUAGACCCCAGGGCCCAGGUGGUGAUUCUGGAUGGAGGAGAGGAAAUCCAUUACUCCCAUCUGAUCCUGAGCACUGGCACGGACGGGCCUUUUCCUGGGAAGUUCAACGCCGUCGCAGACCACCGCUCUGCCGUUCAGAAGUAUGAAGACCUGGUGAAGGAGAUCCAGGAAGCCAGUUCAGUGGCUGUCAUUGGCGGUGGAUCAACAGGAGUGGAGAUGGCAGCUGAGAUCAAGACGGAUUACCCUGAUAAACAGGUGUUCCUGGUCCACUCUCACAUCGCCCUGGCCGACCCUGAGCUGCUGCCCAGCGUCAGGCAGCAGGCCAAGGAGGUGCUGCUGGAGAAGGGUGUGGAGCUGGUGCUAGGACAGAAGGUGUCAAACCUUUCUGACCUGGAGUUGAACGUGACCCGGAAGAACAUGACAGUUCUGACAGACAAGGGCAGGGAGCUCACUGCUGACCUCGUCAUCUCCUGCAUCGGCAACAAGGUCAACAGUGCUGCCUACAGCUCUUCUUUGGGUGGUUCCCUGGCUAAAAACGGCGCGCUGAAGGUAAACCCGCAGCUGCAGGUGGAGGGCUUUGAGAACAUAUACGCCGUGGGCGACUGCGCAGACCUCAACGAGCCCAAAAUGGCGUACCAUGCCGGCCUACACGCCGGUGUGGCCGUCACCAACAUCGUCAACAGCCUCUCGGGCAAGGCCCCGACCUCCUACAGGACGGGGGCAGUGACCAUGCUGCUGGCCAUGGGGCGGGAUGACGGGGUGGGGCAGUUCGGGGGGGUGCAGCUGCCCCGCUGCCUGGUCACUCUGGGUAAGAGCAGAGGUCUGCUGCUGUGGAAGAGCUGGAGGGAGAUGGGCCAGACCGCACCGUGAGAGGCAGGGGACCGCGCGCGGUCCUGAGAUCGCACCGCCAGCGACUGGUCAGAGAUUUAACUCCACAUCGUUUCACGCAUUGCCCCAGAUCCUGGAGAUCUACCACCCUGCAGGUUUUCAUUUCAACCCCAAAUCGGCACAUCGGAUUCUACCGGUUAGCAGCCCGACGAGAUCUUUUGAAGGUGUGCUUUAAGGCGGGAGUGAAAACCUACAGGUUCAGGAAAGCCCUGCCUUGGACUCUUGGUGCUCUGCACCAAUAUUUUGCUAGAUUUGUUUUACAUUACAUUCUGUAUUGCCCAAUUUCUUGGAUUUUCUCAUCUAGUAGUCCUUUUAUUUGAGAAGUUAAACUGCCAAAUGCCUUACUUUAGGGUUGUUCUCUUUGCAGAUUUCAUUUCAAGUUUCAUUUGGUUGGCAAAAAAAAUAAUUUAAUUAAAUUCACAAUGACAAAACAUCUCGUACGGUCAGACUGGACCAGAUGAGAAUCAUGAAUUUACGAUGUUAGCGCUUGCAUUUGUCAAACUGUCGAGUGUGUGCACGCGCGCGCAUCUAGAACAUCUUAAAAUAAAUCAAUUUUUAAAGUU